AUGGCACUAUUGUCUGCCUCGAAGCGGAGAUCGUCUAAUCCCAGGACUCCCCGCCCUCAACCAAAAUCCCUCAAAGCUACCGAAGGCGUGAACCAAUCGACAAAGAGCGAGCCUCCUCCGAAAAAAAGGCGGUAUAUCCCGGGUGGACCCGGGGGUGGAGGAAGAUAUGUUGAAGUUGAUGGGACUGCAACACCUGCUAGAACAAUAACGGAUGCAGUUUCUCCGAACCACACCGCUCCUCGAGUUCGAUCUGUCCGUGAACCCUCUAAUAAUAAUAAUAUCAUGCGACGGGCAGCCCAGCCUACCACUCCCCCGGCCUCUACUCGCCCCAGGCGCCAGAAGAACCAGAGCCGAAGGUUCAGCUCUGCUGCUGCAGCUGCACUUGCGGUCGCACAGGGUGAUGGCUACAAACCUAGAGAGGAGAGAGGAUGGGAGGAAUUCCACCCAGACCUUGAUAUUGAUGCGAAAAUCGCCGUUUUUAGCUCUGAUGAAGUUGAUGGAAUCAAACCAAGCUCUACCCUACCCAAUGGCACCACGACCAACGGAACUGAUGAAAGUUGGAACAACAGUACUCUCAAGCCAUUGACGAAUGGAUCAACUCCUGUAAAACGACGACCAGGGCGACCUCGACUAAGUGAGAGUUUGCUGAUCGAUCUCGGAACCCCUACUGCACUUAAAAUUGUUCCCCCUCCCGGACCUAAUCCCCGCGAGAGACUUACCCUUCCAAAACCGUCAUUUGUUCUUAAGGAUCCUUUUCUUCCUUUCGAACGAAAGGGUGUUGGACAGCAAAACUAUGUUGACCGCACCAUGGCGAGUGUUGGCUAUCAGGAAAGUGAUAUUUUCCUGCGCCAUGAGCGGCGAUUGAUCCGUAUGGCGGAGGGUGCGGCAGAAGGAGAUCUGGAUUUAAGCCCGCAGCCUGUCGUUGAUGGCGACGUCAAUGCUGCUCUUGGAAAUAUUGGUGUUGGCAGGGUUGAGUACGACAUGGAUGAACAGGACGCAAAAUGGCUCGAAACAUAUAACGCACAAAGGAGGGAAGAGCAGUUUGAACCCAUAAAACCUGCUGUUUUCGAGAUUACCAUGACGAAAAUCGAAAAGGAAUGGCAUGCCCUAGAAAAGCGAAUACCAAAGCCAAACCCCAAACCACCGCAAACGCAACGCCCUCGUUCCAGCUCUGCUGCUGCCGUCAAUGGAGAACAUGCUAGUUCCGGUGAAGAACAGGAUAGCAAGUGUGCAGUAUGCGAUGACGGUGACUGCGAGAAUUCCAACGCGAUAGUCUUCUGCGAUGGAUGCGAUCUCGCCGUUCACCAAGAAUGCUAUGGCGUCCCUUAUAUUCCCGAAGGCCAAUGGCUCUGCCGGAAAUGCCAACUUAUUGGCCGGGGAUCCCCAUCGUGCAUCUUCUGCCCAAAUACAGAAGGCGCAUUUAAGCAAACUAACACCUCAAAGUGGUCACACUUACUUUGUGCAGUUUGGAUCCCUGAAGUUUCGAUCGGGAACUUAUCGUUAAUGGAGCCUGUAAACGAGGUUGAGAAAGUCCCCCGAAAUCGUUGGAAACUUACAUGCUAUAUCUGCCGGCAGAAAAUGGGAGCAUGCAUCCAAUGUAGCAACAAAAACUGUUUUGUUGCGUUCCACGUUACGUGCGCGAGACGUGCUCGUCUAUAUUUGAAAAUGAAAUUAAUCCCGGGAGCUCCGGCGGUCAUGGAAUCGAACGGACUAAAAGCUUUUUGCGACAAGCAUGUCCCGCCGGAUUGGAGGAGAGAGCACAACACGGACGCUGCAACAGCUGAGGCCUUGGAAUAUUAUCGCAAUACGAUGCAGGGCCGAAGAUGGGGCGACAGUCAAGCAGCGGCGUUGGCCCUAGGUCCAGAGUCUCAGGCCGGAAUGGAUCCUGCUGAAGAUGAUAACAGAGCAAUUAACCAACGGAUUACUCUUACUGUUGGCGGAAACAAACGCAAACGCGCAACUGCCCCGAAGACGAUUUGGAAGCUCCCGUCUGGUGCGCCGGUCAUCCCCCAAAUCGUGUUGAACAAUGUCAUCGCGUCUCUACAACGUUUUACCGUCCGGCAAAGAAAGCAAUAUGCCGAAGACGCCUGCAAGUAUUGGACGUUAAAACGAGAAUCCCGUCGGGGAGCAGCUUUGCUUAAAAGACUCCAGCUGCAGCUGGAAACUUUCUCGUCAAUGGAAAUGACCAGACGCAACUUUGCGGGCAUGGGAGUUGCGGGUGCUGUUCGACUACAGCGACGGAUAGGGUUUGCCGAUAAGCUCUACUUAGAUCUUGAUAGGGUUAGGAUGCUGUGCGAUGAGGUGAAGAAACGAGAACGGGAAAAGCUGAAGGACGCGGAGAUUCUACGAAGUAUUAUUGAUUUGGUGUAUUUUCCGAUCCCCCCCAUGCUCUGGCCAAUACUUGACAAGGCAUUUGCGCUUGAUGGGAAAGGUAUUUUUCGCCGCGGUCUGCUAUCCAUCCGCUCAAAACUGGUGCAACGGGUCUACACAUCCGUCUCAUCCUUUUCUCGCGAUCUUGCCAACGUUUUCACGUCUGAAAUUGGAGUAGAAUCUGUAGGCGAUACAGCCGAGCUGCAGAUGCAGAUCAGUGGACGGGCGCCAGAGCUUAGCUUGGAGCAGCGGGAAAAGAGAAAGCUUGCAAAGCGGAUCAUCAAGGCGAUACAGCCUGCUUUGGAAGAUUCGCUUAAGAAGGAGAGCGAGUUGAAUGGAAAGCCGUUUGAGAAGGAGCUGAAGGAUUUGGAUGUCCUGUUGGAAAGCAGUGUUCUUUCGCGGAGGGCCUCGCUUGUAGCUUCGUCCGGUGAAGCAACACACGACCUUGGGGGGCCAGUGCAGCGCCCCUUGGUAAAUGGGAUAAAAAAUGAUGUUGAGGAUGAUCGGAAGGAGGUAUCUGAGGUCGAUGCGACGCUUCUUGUUCAACAACUCGCCACGAUAGACAACGCUGAGCAUACCAACGGAGACAACGAUAUCACGAUGGUCGAUGUGAACGGAGAAAUGGACGAUGGACACCAUGACACCAAGGAAGCGUCAGUUUCGAAAAGCAGUGUUACUCCUGCAGCAGAUCUAACAGCCAAUUCCCCAAGCACUCCAUCUAUGGAAGGGCAAGCUAGGCACGAACACUCCGCCCCCCCAUCUCAUGAAAUCCAAAUGGCAAACUUGGCAUCGCCCUCAGAUACACAGGAAAGCAAAAACCUACCGCCUCUAUCUCAGGGCGGUAUUCAGUGGUAUAUGCAACCGUUCGAUCCAGUCAGGGACCACUAUAUACGAGGAGAGAUGGACUGGUCGGGAGAUCUAAGAGAGAGACGCAAGGCUCCUCACGAAAUGCCCGAGGCCGACUUUCGGCUUCGGUCGGGGAAAAGCCCCUCGAAUUUGUUCCGGACCACCCUAAUGGGGUGGUGGCGCUUGGAACAGAAGCGCUUUUGGCGGGGGCCCCUUUGA